AUGGAAUUAACCAGAGAAGAAAUUGUUGUUGAAUUUGCCAAUAUUGAACCAAUAGCACCAACAAAUUCAGAAGAUCGUACUUCUCUAUUUCCAGAGGUUAAAGAAAUGAUUGAUGCACGCCAUACGAGAACAGAGCAGGGAGCUGAAGAAAGCUCAUGGACAGAAAUUACACCGCCAAACCAUCACGAUACUGCUCUAUACUUCAAAGCCGAAUUACAAGAUCUGAUGACCAUAUUCACUCAAGAUGAUUCACCUUCAACCUUGCUAGCUUUUACCGCAAAUCCAAAGACACCAUCGUUGUACAAAUUGGUUGCACUAUUUGGUUCCACAAAAUAUGUCCCAAUAAUGUUCAGGAGGAAAGUUCUCAAGAUUGUUUACAUCACAGAGCUCCAAAAUAGGGGAUUGCCGCAUAUUCAUUGCGUUAUCGAAUUCGACCCUGAAGGUGGUGAAACAACCGCAGAAGUUUUUGACGAGUGGAUCAAUGCUACAAUUCCAAGCCAAGAAAACCCAGAACUUGGUGCAUUGGUUCAGCAAUGCAUGACCCAUCAUGGUUAA